AUGGACAUCCAUCUCGCCCUCCAGAUGAGGGGCAUCGACCUCGAGCAAGAGCUUGUGCAACACAUUUAUGAUGAGAUUCCCAUCCGACUUCUUUCUGUCUCCACAGGUCAGCUCAUCGACUGCGAAUUCGUGAUCGCCCACUUUCGUGACGCCGUCUUUGAAAAUGUGUUACACGUUCCUCACGAUUUGGCGGAGUACGACGGCGGCUCGGACCCUCCUCCAUUUACAGAGUGCUACAAAGUUCACGUAAGGAGUGUCUUCCAACUUACGGUCGCGUACGCGGUGCUGUCCCAUAGAUGGAGCAGAGGCGAGACAACGUAUCAGGGUUUUAUCAAUUCUCUCGAACCGACCGAGAAAGUAAAAUAG